CGCGCCACGUUUGCCAACGGCGUGGGGUUGUAUGUGGGGCUGUUCCUGUAUUUAUUGCUGAAACAUGCUUGAAUUAGCUUGAUUAAGGGCGUGCUACUAGAAGGCGGAAUCAACUGAAGACCAUAUGGCGGACAUCAUGGACCUGCCCAACGGCAAUGGCGCCGGGGACGAGAACCACGACAGCGGACAUAGCGACGCCCAACGGUGACACGAUGAACUCAAAGUUGUCAGACAGCCCGCCGUCGCCGUCAGCAUCGCGUACGACCAUCACCGAGAGUAUGGAGCAGCUAGGGCCGCUGGUGACGGGACCCGGCUCCAAGAAGGACAAGGGCCUCAUGUCCAACUUGCUCGGCAUCGGCUUGCCGAAGCUGUCGCGUGAUCAGCAGGACGCGGUCAACAAGGCCAAGAAGUUCGCCAUGGAGCAGAGCAUCAAGAUGGUGCUGAUGAAGCAGACAAUCGCGCACCAGCAGCUGCAGGCCAAGUCGCUGCAGCGGCACCAGGCGCUGGUGCUGAUGUGCCGCGUCUACGUCGGCUCCAUCAGCUUCGAGCUGCGCGAGGACACGGUGCGCCAGGCGUUCGUGCCGUUCGGCCCGAUCAAGUCGAUCGACCUCUCGUGGGACCCGGUCACGCAGAAGCACAAGGGCUUCGCGUUUGUCGAGUACGAGAUGCCGGAGGCGGCGCAGCUGGCGCUGGACCAGAUGAACGGCGUCAUCAUCGGCGGCCGCAACAUCAAGGUGGGCCGUCCCAGCAACAUGCCGCAGGCGCAGGCCGUCAUCGAUCAGAUCCAGGAGGAGGCCAAGAGCUACAACCGCAUCUACGUGGCGUCCGUGCACCAGGACCUGACCGACCAGGACAUCCGCAGCGUGUUCGAGGCAUUCGGUCGCAUCGUGACGUGUAGCCUGGCCGACAUCGGCGGCGGCGGCCGUCACAAGGGCUACGGCUUCAUCGAGUACGACACGCCGCAGGCGGCCAUGGACGCCAUCGCCUCGAUGAACCUGUUCGACCUGGGCGGCCAGUACCUGCGCGUCGGACGCUGCAACACGCCGCCGAACGCGCUCGAGAUCCUGAUGGGGGCGCUGCCGCCGACCACCGGCGCGCAGAUCAUGCCGACCGCCUCGUCGCUGGCCGUCGCCUCGGCCUCGGCGCGCAUCCAGUCGAUGGAGGCGGCGCAGCACCAGGCGUCCAUGCUCAGCCGCGGCUUCAGCACGCCGCUCAACGCGCUGCCGAUCGGCGUGGCAGGCGCCGCGCCGCCGGCGCCGCCGCCGCCGCCCCUGAUGGGCACGCCGGUUAUGCCGCCGCCGCUGAUGGGCACGCCCGUGCUGCCGCCGCCGCCGGUGAUCACGGCGCCGCUGCAGCUGGGCGGGGGCGGCGGCGGCGGCGGUGGGGGCGGGCCGGCGGCCGCGCUGCCGCCGCCGGCCAGCCGCCGCCACCAGGAGGAGCUGCAGAAGAAGCUGAUGGACGACUCGGAGCCGCAGACGCUGCAGCAGCAGGAGGACAUGUCGAUCAAGGGCCACUCCGGCCGCCACCUGGUGAUGCAGAGACUGAUGCGGCCGCACGAGAGCCGCGUGGUCGUGCUGCGCAACAUGGUCGGCCCCGAGGACGUGGACGACAUGCUGCAGGACGAGAUCAGCGACGAGUGCAACCGCUUCGGUCAGGUGCAGCGCGUCGUCAUCUACCACGAGGCGCAAGGCGACCACGACGGCGCCGAAGUGGUGGUCAAGAUUUUCGUCGAGUUCGCCGAGGCGCAGGAGGCGGAAGCGGCGCGCUCGGCGCUGAACGGACGCUACUUCGGCGGCCGCCUGGUCAAGGCCGAGCCGUACGACAUGAGCCUGUACGAGCACGAAGAUCUCUCCGGGUAGCCGGCCCCGGCCGAGGUGCGUGAAUGUCGAGUGUGAGCGAGAGGGACCGUUCUUGUAUAAGGGCGCGCGCGCGCUCGAAGACGGCGCGAACGGGGCGGCGCCGGCGCUCUCUGCUGCCGGCGGCUAACGUGUCUGGCGGAGGAGGUUUCAGGCGGCGGCGGCCGGUCUGCGCGACUGCCUGACGCUGCGAUGUCUCCAGGGCGGAUGGCACGACCUGCCUCGUCGGAGUCGCCCUGGAGGCGAUCACAUCGCCGCGCCGCGUCGAACGGACGCGACCGGGCGUCCGCCGGCCAGUCCUGUCUCGGUAUGAUCGUUUCAUGUGGCUCCCGGGCCGGGCUGCGGACGUCGGCGGACGACGGCGGCGGCGGCGCGGCCGAUAGGCGGCGCUAGCGGCGAGCGCCUGCGCCGAACACGCGCGCACGUCGACACGAGACCUCCUCCAGCCUCAGGGCCUCGCCGUGCGAGGCACGGUGUGAGAAGCGGGCCCAUCAUCUUCAUCAAGCCGCCGGCAGCAGAGAGCAACGCCGGGAACGUCCAGGGUGCAUGUGAUCGCAGUGUACAAGUUCAGUGGUGAAGUGGUCCAGUGUGAAUCCGCGCGGUGCGUUGAGCACGUUUUAUCACCCAGCGCUGGACGCCCCCUCCCCCUCCCCCCUCACGUGUUUUUAACUGGGUUGGACGGACGCCGACGCCAUCUAUGAAUUGCCGCCCCGGUCCGUCUCCGCGCGUCCCCGACCACGUCUGCCUCCGAUUUGCGCGCGCCCGUUGAACCGAGUCAACGCACCCAAUCCGCGCUGUGUUAUUUUUUGUGUGUGCCAGUCGCCGCGCGCGCGCGCGCACCUGCAUUCCGCUCCGCCCAUGGCGCGUGCGGACCUGUGACCGCGGCCGCACGGCGCCAGCGGUCAGUCGGCGAUUCUGGUGCGCCUCAGGCGCCGCCGGUCCCGCGUCGGCCGGCGCAGACGUCGGCUGCGCGAGCCGGUGGCGGCGGCGCCGCGCGUCUGCGCACGGCGGCGUGCGCGAGACGCGGCGCCGGUGCUCGUGUGGCGCGCAUCCGUGGCUGGGAAGGCGCGCCCGGCGGAGGC